CUCGAAUCCCUCCAACCACCUACUCGAAUUGUUUACUCGGUAGCAAGGCCUUCUUCGGAGGCACUUGAGCUAGGCGGACACGAUGACUGACACCGUCGUUUCAAAGAACCUGUACGAGCUUCUCGGAAACAACCACGAUGAGGACUCCGACAAGGAGCCCGAGCCACCUGUGAAGGUCAUCGACAGGACUCCCGCUCGCACCGACAAGCGCAGCGCCCCCCGCGAGGCCCCAGGCGCCCCAGCGAACGUCGCCCCCCGUCGUGGACCCGGUGGCAACGAGGGAGCUUACCGUGACCGCAACGCCGGCAGCGCCAACAACCGCACCAAGCCGACUGAGGACCGCACUGCUGGUACCUACGGUGGCCGUGGCGGCCGUGGUGGACCCCGUGGUGGACGUGGCGGACCUCGCCUGAACGACCGUCACUCCCGCGCUGUCGUCGGUGACGCCGACAAGCAGGUUGCUCACGGCUGGGGCGGUGAGACCGGAGAGGCCGCCGGUGCCGACGAGGUCGCCGGUGAGGCCCUCGCCAAGGCCGACGGCAAGGUCGCUCUGACCGAGGACGGCGACGCCGCCCCCGUCAACGCCGACGGCCGCACCCCCGAGGAGGAGGAGCAGGACAACAACGUGUCCUACGCCGACUACCUCAUCGCUCAAGCCGAGAAGCUCUCCCUCUCCGCCUCCGCCACCCGCAAGGCCAACGAGGGCACCAAGGCGGACAAGAAGUGGGCCAGCGCCAGCGAGCUCAAGAAGGAGGAGGAGGAGGCCUUCAUCGCCGCCGCCGCCACCAAGGCCAAGCGCGCCCGCGAGCGCAAGCAGAAGGAGGUCGUUGAGAUUGACCAGCGCUUCGUCGAGCAGCCCAGCCGUGACUCCGGCCGUGGCGGCCGCGGACGCGGUGACGGACCCCGUCGCGGCGGUGAUCGCGGCGAGCGCGGCAACUUCCGUGGCGAGCGCGGUGCCUUCCGUGGUCCUCGCGGUGAUGGCGCCCCUCGUGGCGGACGUGGUGGUCCCCGUGGUGGUGCCCCGCGCACUGGUGGUGGUGCCCCCAGAGGCGGCGCUGCUCCCAUCAACACUGAGGACCAGAAGGCUUUCCCCAGCCUGGGCGCUUAAGUGCUGCCUCACUGUUCAUCGCAGUUACGCUGCUACUCUUUGCCAUCUUCGAUUACUUAACCUCUUUUAUGGGAACCUUUUUAAUUAAUGGAUUCUGAUCUGGGAGGGGGUGUUCGGGUGGUGUUUUUAGUUAGCAAGCAAGUUGGUUACUCCUCUCGCCAAAAUAAAUGAGAGGGGACGAAUAGGUGGAUGGUGGUGCGGGGGGGAUGGAUAAACUGGAAAAUCUUUCUGUGUGUUGUUGUGGUUGUCUUAUACUUUUUUUGUUUUGGCGUCCGUUCUCAACUGCGGAUUGCUGGAGGAAAAGGGUUUUUAUUAAAGAAAUUAGGAAAAAAUGUGAAUUAGUACUACUACUGCUUAAUGCUUUGAACGUGUUGUGUUGAAGAGGAUGUGAUUUUUGAUAGGAAUGUUGGCUGGUGGACAUAUUGUUAUCUUAUAUAAUACUACUUAUGUUAAAAG